AUGGCCGCUGUCGCCGCCUCCCACCCGUGCCCAGCCCCGGCGCCCCGGCCGCCUCUACCGGGCCGAGCCAGCCCGGCCAGCCUCCGCGUCUGCACCGUGACCGGGAAACCGAGGCCGGGAGCGGGGCUCAGCACUCGGGAAAGGGGCCGCCUGGAGACUGCACCUGCCCCACCCGCAGCGCCCAGCCCGGCCGGGCGGGAAGGACCCGGGACCUCGGGGGACCGAGCCUGGGGCCGAGAUGACCGGCAGCCCUGGCACGCGCGAGGCGGCCCUUUCCCAACAAGAGCGCACAGCCUCGGGCGUCCCCAGCCCGCUUUGGCUUUAACCCCCACUCGACAGCGGGGGGUGCUGGCCACCGCACCAGCCUGCACCCGGGCAGGGCGCGAGGGCGCAGGGCCCAACGUCAGGAGCCGCGGAAGGUGUCGGACUCUCCCGCCGCGGGAGGCACCGGGUGUCACCGCUGCAGGGUCUCUGAGCCACCAGACCCAGAACCCGGCCCAGGCCGCCCCGGCCGCCGCCGCUCCCGGCCAGAUGUCCUUCACCUUCGCGUCCCCCACGCAGGUGUUCUUCGAUGGCGCCAACGUCCGGCAGGUGGACGUGCCCACGCUGACCGGAGCCUUCGGCAUCCUGGCGGCCCAUGUGCCCACUCUGCAGGUCCUGAGGCCGGGGCUGGUCGUGGUCCAUGCGGAGGACGGUACCACCUCUAAGUACUUUGUGAGCAGCGGCUCCAUCACGGUGAACGCCGACUCCUCCGUUCAGUUACUCGCCGAAGAGGCCGUGACGCUGGACAUGCUGGACCUGGGGGCAGCAAAGGCGAACCUGGAGAAGGCCCAGUCGGAGCUGUCGGGGGCGGCGGACGAGGCCACGCGGGCAGAGAUCCAAAUCCGAAUUGAGGCCAAUGAGGCCCUGGUGAAGGCCCUCGAGUAGGCGGGUCUGCUGCUGAGAACUCUGCUCCCAAGCUACGUCUUCAGAUGACCUGCCCCCUGCCCUUGCCCCCAUUAAAGACCGAGAAGCUUGA